UGCAACCUUGUAUGCGGUCAGUAAUGUAACUGAGGAGCAUUUAGUACAACACUACUCAACUACUGAAUUCCUGGGCCAAGCAGGCUUGUGGGGAUCUAUUCUUUGCGGUUUACAAGCUGUCUACUUUGAAUUUGGCUACAUCGUCCGAAUUCAAUGGACAUGGCCGAUUGGUAUUUAUUUGCAAAAAAAGGAAAAGCCAGAAUGAAAAAGCAAAAAAGACUGACAUUUUCUUUAUUGAAACAGUUUUAUUGAUUUCAGCUUACGUC